AUGGCUGAUGUUCCUGUUCCUCCUUCCUCACUGAGAACAGAGGAGAUCCUCCUGAGAGAGAUCCACGUCAACCUGCUGGAGUGUAAAGUCUGCUUCGAGAAGUAUAACCCACGGCAGAAGGAUCGCCGGCCUCACAACCUGUCCUGCGGCCAUGUACUCUGUCUGGAAUGUGUCCGGGCACUCUCCCACCCUGUCCUCAAGAAGCUUGAGUGCCCUUUCUGCCGGCAGCUGUGUGACGUUGACAGCACCUCCCACUGCCAGGCACUGACAGACCUCCAGGAUCUUCUGCUCUCCCACUCCCCCAGGUCCCCUGUCCCUCAUCAGGUCAGAGGAGGCAGCGGCUGGGUCGGCGGUCUGGGCUCUGGAGCUCUGCGGCUUCGCUCUGCCUUCGGGGGCUGGGGGUCCCUGAUCAACCCGACGGGGGUGGCCGUGUUCGGGUCCUCUGGGACCAUGGUGGUGGUACACGAUGGAGACAGAAGGGUGGUGGUAUUCGGGCCACAGGGCAGGCGGCUGCACGGGUUCGGGCGGAGGGGUCGUGGCCACGGAGAGGUGUGUCACCCGGUGGAUGUGGCGGUGACUCCCAGCGGGUAUGUGGUCGUGACGGAUGCCGGGGACGGUGCAGUGAAAGUGUUCACCUCUAGGGGGAGUUAUGUUCUGGAGGUGCGGGACUCCUUCCAGAUGCCCUGGGGGGUGGACGUGGACAGCUGUGGGAAUAUCCUGGUCACUGACGUCCAGGCCGGCACGCUCUCCCAGGUUGUGGUGGACUUUGCCCGUGGCGUGACUCUGAUGAACCGAGCGGUCAUAACCGACCUCCAGCGGCCUAAGGCAGUGGCCUGCUGUCGGGUGACCGGGAACAUCGCCCUGGUGGAGACACUGGGGCUCACCACCACACAACCUCCAAAUGGCCCCCGGCCUACCAGACUGACAAUAUUCAACAAAGACUUUAAUGUGCUCUCUCAGAUAGACAGCUUCACUCUGAGCCUGGGGGCCUCAGUGUGGCCCUGUGUGUCUGCCGUGGCCUUUGACAGGGACGGGGAUGUGAUCGUGAUAGACUCCCAGCGGGGGUUGAUUUGGAGUUUGGGAAAGCUCCAGAACAGCCUGGUCCUAACCCCCCUGGUCAGUGAAGACUUGGUUCGCCCGGUGGGGCUGGUCGCCACAGCACAGAACACGCUGAUUGUUUUAGACAGUGGAGACCAUGCAGUGAAGAUGUAUUCAGUUCACUCAGAUGCUAUUCUAGUCCGAAAAUGA